AUGGACAAGAUUGUCUCCUUUUCCAACUGGCUCAAGGUCGUCAAGACCAAGAAUCAGCCAACUACCUCUAUGUAUGCCUCCCAGACCAAUAACAACGACCACAAGCCGCCGAAGAAAAAGCAGAAGGUCUCACAUAACCACCCUCUUUUUGUUGUUGAUGGUGCCGUCGAGCAGACUCCGACCCAAGACAAAGAACAAAACAUCUGUGUUAGUGAGGGUGAAGUGGUUGAAAUGAUGGGCAUUGAUGAUUAUGACUUCGGUGCUCCGUUGAAGAGAGUGCCUACGCCUUAUCCCAAGAAGAACAAGGAUCAGUAUGAUGAUGAUAACGAGGAUGAGCAUGAGCAGUGA